AUCGUGUUCAUGCAAUUAUGCAAAGUCAUAUACAAUUCCUUCGAACAUAUACACCAUGAUGACUAGUUUAUUAUCUUUCUUCUUUCUAUGCUUCUUGGUGGCUGCUUUUGCCGGAAAUUUUAAUGAUGAUUUUGAUAUUACAUGGGGUGAUGGCCGUGCAAAAAUACUCGAAAAUGGACAACUUCUCACCCUUUCCCUCGACAAAAACUCUGGUUCUGGUUUUAGGUCCAAAAAUCAGUAUAUGUUUGGAAAGAUUGAUUUGAACAUCAAACUUGUUCCUGGCAAUUCUGCUGGCACCGUUACUACAUAUUAUCUAUCUUCAAUAGGAUCAAGUCAUGACGAGAUUGACUUUGAGUUUCUUGGAAAUUUGAGUGGAGACCCUUAUAUUCUUCACACAAAUGUAUUCACACAAGGAAAGGGAGAUAGAGAGCAGCAGUUUUAUCUUUGGUUCGACCCCACUAAGGACUUCCAUACUUAUUCUAUUCUUUGGAAUCCUCACAGCAUCAUCUUUUCAGUAGAUGGGACACCAAUUAGGCAAUUCAAGAAUAUGGAAGCAAGUGGGAUCCCUUAUCCAAAAGAACAACCAAUGUGGAUAUACUCAAGUUUAUGGGAUGCAGAUGAUUGGGCUACAAGAGGUGGACUUGUCAAAACUGAUUGGACUAAGGCCCCAUUUAUAGCUUCUUACAGAAAUUUCAAAGCCCAAGCUUGUGUAUGGUCUUCAAGUUCUUCUUCUUGUAGUUCCAACAACUCAACAGCAAAUUCUUGGUUAAGUGAAUCUUUGGACACAACAGGCCAAUCUAGGAUUAAAUGGGUGCAGAAUAAUUACAUGAUUUAUAAUUAUUGCACUGAUACUAAACGUUUCCCUCAAGGAUUUCCUCCCGAAUGCUCUCUCAAUUAGUGUUAAAAUUGUUUUUUUAUAUUUAGUUUUGCAUUGUAACUAAAAUAUAUAUUGUAGUACAUUUUAUUCCCUCUGAUAAAAGAAUUAUUUGGGUUGGUUUGAGCAAUAAGAAUGAGAAAUAUAAUUUGUACCUAUUGUGACUGUUUAAUAGUUAGUAUACCAUGAUGACUUUCUUGUAAUCUUUGUUCUCUGUUAAUACAAGCAAGCUUUUUCUUUUCAA